AAGCACGACUUGGCUGCCAGUGGCCCACCGCGACUUUGGGAAGAAGAAGAAGAAGAAGAUCUGCCCGCUCUAUCCUUGCCCAUCUGCUGGCCAAGUUCGAUAAAUAUACGGCUAGCUUACAUGGUUUAGUCCUCUUCACCAGCGACCCUACUCUUCAAAGGAGACACGAGCAUCUACUUACGGGAGGACUCGACGAGGAACCCUUUGAAAAGAAAUAAAGGGGGAGCGGAAAAGACAUUAUAAAACCGUUGUCCAGAAAGUGUUCUACCACUUUCUUGAGAGGUCAUUGAACAUCAAGGAUGUGAACCAUAGACUACAUCAACAGAAAGCGGAAUGAUUGAGCCAACAAGUUAGUAGGUACUGAAAACAAGUUCAAAAUCAUUACUUCCAUCGCUGCCGAUAAAAACUAAAAGAUGACGAGUUUGCACCAAGGUAUCCUUCUGUUGCUAUUACUGCUUCUAUCAAAAUCUCCAUGUAACCAUGCAGCGGUGUCCGUGUCGUCUUCCAAUGAGCUGUUAUCAUCGGCCAAAGAGGUCAACUUCUUUGAUUGGUUGAAGCAAGUCAGGAGGACGAUUCAUCAGUAUCCUGAACUGGCUUUUGAGGAAGAGAGGACGAGUGAGUUCAUACGAUCUGAACUCGACUCUCUUGGGAUUCACUACACGUGGCCAGUUGCCAAAACUGGAAUCGUUGCUUCUAUUGGCACAGGAGCUCCGCCAUUCUUCGCUCUUCGAGCUGAUAUGGACGCUCUUCCCAUUCAGGAAUUGAAGGAGUGGGAGUACAAGAGCAAAAUUGAUGGCAAAAUGCAUGCAUGCGGUCAUGAUGCUCAUGUAACGAUGCUCCUUGGGGCCGCAAAACUACUACAAAGCAAAAAGGACGAGUUGAAGGGUACAAUUAAGCUCGUGUUUCAACCAGCAGAAGAGGGUCGUGGUGGUGCUUACCAUGUACUACACGAAGGUGUUUUAGAUGAAGUCGAGGCAAUCUUUGGGCUACAUGUUGCACCAAAUUUAGCCACAGGUAAAGUAGGAUCAAGACCCGGUCCAAUCAUGGCCGGCUCUGGUAGGUUUUUGGCAACUAUUCAUGGGAAAGGUGGACAUGCAGCCUCACCACAUGUAAACAAAGAUCCCAUCCUGGCUUCUGCUUUUACAAUUCUUGCACUUCAACAAAUUGUGUCAAGAGAAACUGACCCUCUUCAGGCUGAGGUAGUCACAGUUGGUUUGGUUCGGGGUGGUGACGUUGAUAAUGCAACUCCUGAGAUUGUAAAGAUUGGAGGCACUUUUCGUAGUGUGACUAUAGAAGGCCUUCUCAACCUUAAGAAAAGAAUCAAAGAGGUGAUUGAGGCCCAAGCAAACGUGCACAGGUGCAUGGUUUCUGUAGAUUUCAUGGAGGUUGAAAGAAGGCAUUACCCUCCAACUAUUAACCACCAAAACAUGUAUGAACAUGGAAAAAACAUUGGAGAAAUUCUUCUCAAUAAAUCAAGCUUUGAUCUUUUACCAAUGUCCAUGGCUGCUGAAGAUUUCAGCUUCUACUCGCAAAAGAUCCCGGCUGCAUUUUUCAUGAUCGGGAUGGGGAAUGAAACGUUGGGAUCUGAACAUCCAUUGCACUCGGGUCAUUUUUUCCUUGAUGAAGAUGUGUUACCCAUAGGAUCCGCUUUUCAUGCUGCAGUUGCCAUUUCUUUCUUGGAUGCCCGACAUAGUUCUGAAAAGAAAUAAGAUUAUUGUUUUUCUUAUAUUUGGAAAAUUAAUACGGGAAAUUAUUUUGUGUUCCACAUAGAAAUGUAAGCAUUUGUCAUUGUGCUUCAUCCAAAUGAUACAGUAAAUUUCUAGUU